UAAAAACGGUGGUCAAAUAUCAGUGACCUUUAACAAUUCUUUAAAUCACUUCACAGCCUAGAGGAGACAAAUUAUAUUUUGUUGAUUUAGUACUUAACAAUAUAACGAUCGUUUGAAAUCAUUCCGUUAUUUGCACAACAGUUGACACCUUUCACUAGCAAGUCUCGUCCAAUGAUGCGGACACAGAAAACAUUCAGCCAUGUUUUGAAAGGACAAACCAUGUAUAACUUCAAAUUCAGAUACAUUUUGAUUAUUGGAUUCUCUUUCGUCGUACCGUAUAUUGUAUUUUACAAAGCAAAUAUAUUUCAUGUGGACGCAAACUUUAAUCAUACAGAACCUGGUGAAAAACCUUAUAUUGUUUUGGGCAUAUUUAGUGCAAAUGGCAGAGAGCGAUUUAGGAAAAUACAACGAGAGACUUGGAUUGACACCAUGAUGAAAAUACAACACCACAUGCCAUUCAGAAUAACAUAUAAAUUUCUGUUAGACAAUUUUGAUGAAGCAACAAUUAAAGAAAACAUUAUGUAUAAAGACAUUCUCAGUCUGAAUGUUACUUCUCGUGGUGGAUCUUUAAAUGUCGCCAGAAAGAUGCACUUAUGGAUGGAACACAUACAGAUAUAUUAUCCAAAUGCUCUUUUAGGAGCAAAGCUAGAUGACGAAACGUUUAUGUGCGUCCCCCAAAUAUUUUACAGAUUGGAUAAUCUAAAGUCUGAAAGAUUAUGCUUCAGCUACAAUCAUAAAAAGGGGAAUAAAACACAAUUACAUUCUAACUUUGAUGACCUGUUCGUUGUGUUAGGACGUGAUAUUAUUGCAAAAAUAGCAAACAGAACCUUUUGUACACAGGAUAAAUGCGAAACAAAAAACAAUUCAAACAAAAGUGGUGUAAAGUCAUUAGUCAAAUGGAUUACUGGGUCUUCUGAACUAGAUUUCCAUGGCGAUACACAUUGUGCACCCAAUGAAAAUAACCAAUACGUACAGCAUAGUGAAUCAAAUUUUUGUAGAACCCAUCUAAUCUUUCAUAAAUCUACAUACAACAUAAUGGUUCGGUUACAAAAAUACAAUGACUUCCUAGGAAAUAAAAUACCGUCUGCUGUAACUAUUUCUGUAGGAGAAGAAGAGCGACACGUACCACGGAUAGAUCCCCCAUCAGAAUAUUCCUAUCUGGCGAAACACGAUAACUUCAUUAAUUGUAACAAAUGGGCAGUGGUGACUACAAUAUUUGAACCAUCAAAAGCAGUGCGGCAUAUUGCAAAUUAUAGCGACUGGUGUAUUGUUGUUGUCGCAAGUAUCCAAACUCCAAAUAAACACGACUAUUUAAAGAAUUUUCCGACAGAAAUGAUAAGACGAAGAAUGAAGUAUUUAUCUGUACUGGAGCAAUCUAUUCUGUAUCCACUCUUAUCCGAUGUUAUUCCGCCGAACCAUUUUGCAAGAAAAAAUAUAGGAUACAUGUAUGCCAUUCACCACAAAGCAAAAUUCAUUUGGGAUUUCGAUGACGAUAAUAUUGGGAUUGUUGAUAUUGAACAUUUGGGUGAAACACUGACAGUUUGUCAAAACAAGCAAUCCUACCUAAUGAAUCCAUAUCCAUACUUUGGGGUACACAAUACGUGGCCUCGAGGUUUUCCACUUCAGUUAAUAAAAGACGAAAAGACGCAUCCAACAGAUUGCUACAUAGAGGAUAGAAGUAAUACUAUUCAAGUAGGAGUAAUACAAUCACUUGCAAAUAAUCAGCCCGAUGUUGAUGCAAUAUAUCGCUUAACUCGGAACAGUCCAUUUAAUUUAUCUACUAAGAACAGCGGUCAAAUUUUGUGUACUAACAAAUAUUCUCCAUUUAAUGCACAAGCUACUCUAUGGAUAUCUGCGGCAUUUCUUUAUAUGGGCUUACCUAACAGUGUGAAUGAAAGAGUUAGCGAUAUAUGGAGAAGCUAUAUAGCACAGUAUUUCCUCCAUAAAGUAAAUGUGUCAAUAGCAUUUACAAAACCAUAUGUGACCCAGGAAAGAAAUUAUCAUAAGCUAACGAAAGAUUAUGAUGACGAAACUGUCUUAUAUGACAAAAGUUAUCAAUUAGUUCAAUUUCUAUUAAAUACAAUAAGCGAUGAUUUGUCAGAACUGUAUGAAAAGCUUUACAAGCGUAAUUUUAUUGAAAUCUCAGAUCUCCAAUUCAUUAAGGCAUGGACUGAAACAUAUCUACACGUCAUCAAAAUCAUUAAACGUACAUCAUGAGGAGUGGGGUAAAUAAAAUGGAAUUCCUCAUUUGAUUGUUCCUAUUAUUAUACACAAAAAGAUCAGUAUACAGAUUUUGCAGACAUUUUACCAGAAGAUGGAAGAUUUAAUUACGAGUUUAUACCUUCAUACUAGGUAUUUACGUUAACGCUUUUGUUCGGCAAUUACUCGUGGGACAAUUGAUUUUGUAAGAGUUUUACUCCAUGCACAACAUCAAAUGAUACAUGUAUUUCUUAGUUAAAGUAUUCACCACAUCAUAGCAUUCUCUGAUUUUCAAUAUUUUGAUCACUCAGUUGAAUUAGGUAAUUGCGAUUUAGAAAUGUACAUACCUUUCGAAGGCAAGCGGUAAAAAAGGAUUAACUUGGAUAUAAAGUAGAAAUUAGAUAAGAUAAGAUAAGAUAAGAAUUUUUUAAUCUAAGCAAGAACCAAUAAAGAGCAUAAUUUUACAACAAUAUGAUGCACAAUUUGAUUGGGAAAAAAGAAAAACAGAAACCUAAUACCAUACUUUAACGUUAUGGACAGGAUCAGAGCCUGACACAAUAUGUGUCUUUCAUAACUAUUAUAUUAAAUGUUAUAAUAAUAAAAUAUUAUUUCAUAUAUUCUGUUUACAUCUGGAUCUUAUUUCUAAACCAUUUUAAUAAUGUAAUUUCCUAGGCACAUGAUAGUUGGUAAAUGCUAAUUUGUAAACAGUCAGAAAUAUUUUUCCAUGAUCCUUAGGUAGUUCUGUUAUGCUGAUUAGGGGAAUGUUUUUCAGCUUUCUUAUGAUUCUAAAAUAAACAGAAGUUCUUUUUAAAAAUAAGUCUUUAUUUCUGUAACUCCAAAGAUCAUGUGACUAAACCUUUACUUUGUUUUUUUCAAUUUUUAGUCACAUGAUGUUUGGAAUUACGAACUUGUGCUAUUUUCUCCAAUCAACAACUUAAUUGUAAUUAGUGACCUCCCUUGUUAUAUUUUUGUUGGUCAAUAAUUGGACACGAACCUGAUUUCUAUCUGUCCUUCAUUUCACAAUUGUCUUUAGUUCCACCCUUAAAACGGAUUAUCUCGCUUAUAAUUUGAAGACAAAGAAUGAGAAUAUUUUCUUUGUUCGCUAGGAUUAGCGUAUCUACACAAGAUUUAUUUGAUUUGAUCUUAUACAAAGAUUAAAUUUCCUAAGUGUCUAACAAGUUAUUCUUUUCCUAUUUUCCAGUUAAAUAAAAUUGAGAAUGGAAAUGGGGAAUGUGUCAUAGAGACAACAACCCGACCAAAUAAAAAAACGACAGCAGAAGGUCACCAACAUAACAAAAACUAUUAUUUGCGCUAAACUUUAAAGUUUACGUAAUACUAUUUACAAAUUGCUUUGUCUACUAUCUAACAAAUCCCAAUUUAUUUACAUGUCUUCUUAUUUUAUCUAACAACUAGCUUUUUGUGAAAUACUAUUUGCACGUGCUUUUCUUCUCUUAAUUCCGGCUUUAUU